UAAGUAUUAGGUUCUAGAGACAGGGCCUUCUUUAAAAACCCAGAAGUCAAUUUUAUUAUUUAUUUGGCUCAUUUGUUAGAAUAGGGUUACUAAUCUGAUCGUUUGGAAUUUUAGUUAUUUGGUGUAAGGAGGAAGCCUGCAGCUCUGCACAUUGAUUUGCAUGCCGGAGGAGGAAGUAGGGGGAAGAUUACCACUUUUCUAGGUGGACACAUAUUUCAGUGUCCCACUUCUUUCAGUCCUUUUAUCUUAACACCUCUAACACUUUGCUGUUUGACUUUUGCCGUUUUUUUUUUUUUUAAAGAAAUAACUUGUGAGGUCGAAGUUUAGCAGUUGUCUUGGGUUCAUAUUAUUCCCUUUCACUUCUUAAUUAAAAAAAAGGGAACUAAUAUACCACUGAAAUAAAGCUUGUAAAGUAUUUUCCCCCUUCAGCCAGAAGAAUCUGUUGAGAUCGCACCGUAACCCCCUCCCUUCUGUGGGUAGUAGGGGAGGAAGGAGGAGGAGUGAAGGUUUUGGCUCUGCCUUUACUUUUAAGGUUUAAGGUGGAGGUGGAUUUGCAUUCUCUUUGUAAGUAAGCCUCCAUGUUUGGCAGUGGAACUUCUGGGAGGAAUAGCAGCCCAGUCGUCCUUUUAAAGAGGAAAUCUGAAAAUAAGACUUAAUCAAGUCACUUACAAACUGAUGAAAUACUCAGGAAUAUAAUGGCCUGGCAAGGACAGUCCCUUUAUCUCAUUUCAGAUAAAUGCUCAUCACUUUUCUCUCAUGUAACAGUGUUUAUGAUGAAAUGGCAUGUUCUUGCCACAGCGGGGUUGCCUUUUCCCAACUCCAGAGCACUCUUAAUUCGGAGCCGCUUGGUGAGAGCCUCAGGGGUCCCGAAAGAUGUGUUUUCCCACUUUAUAAAGUUACAUUCUUUUCUCUCCAUUGUCACGAGCCUGAUAUUGGCUGAUAAGGACUUUGGAGUAGUUUUAAUGACUCUUGACUGCCUACAGUGUACUACUUAUAAAAAAGAGAUAUGCUUUUAUCUGACUCUGAAGGCUGUGAUUGGCCUUCUCUUAUGUUUUACAAGAAGCUUUGUUUCCACUUGCUCAAAAAAAAUUUCAGUUUAAGGUGUUCCAAUAUGGCUUGUAUAUUAUGAGUUUUGAGGUUGCUGUGUAUGACUUGUCUUAAAUGGUUUAGUCCUAAUUUCCUACUUCAGUCAAAUUCUGUAGCAGAAUGGUUAAUAGGUGAACAGUGGCUAGGUAUUUUCUUUCUCUUUUUUUUUUUAUUGGCUAGGUAUUUUCAAGCCUUAGGAAUAAAAACAUGAGGCAGUUCUAUAUACUGAUGAGCAUGCCAAUAGAAUAAAACAAAUGUAAUGAGACUUUAAAUUAAAUGACUAAAUUGGGAUAGCUAGAAUAGUUUUCACAUUACCGAGGUGUUACAAAAUAGAAACCUGAAGGUAUUUACAGUCCAGGCAAUAAAGGAAUCCCAAUCAUAUCAAAUGCUCUAAAUAGUGAAGGUUUUGGUCCCAACCUGUGAAUUAAACCCAGGGCAGUAGGAAGAGAGAAGAUUUGUCUACUCAUCUCCAGAUGUGGGGGAGGGGUGUUGACUAGUUUAAAUGCACGUGGGAGACUGAAUUACACAAAGACAGCAGGAAAUUUCUUAAAUUUGGGUGAGGGAAGCUUGAUCAUUAUACCUUAAUGGCCUCAUUUUGGGUGUAGCAGAACAACUUUACUGAAAUGCUGGCUUAAGAAUAAGGUGAUUUAGCUUGUUUUUCUGCAACCAGUACUACAGUUAGGCACAUGUGCAGUGGUAUGUGGGGCAAAGGAUUUUGAAGUGAGACCAUGAGUAAGGGCAGAUAGGAAUCUGACUUUGAGGAAGUGGGAGGACAGGGACCAUCCUUUCUUAAAAUCUGCAGCUCUGAUAAGCAAGCUCAAUUCUUGUUAUAAAUUUAUCUUCCUGAUAAAUAAAAGGGCAGCCCUUGCCAGCGUCUGCUGUCUCCAGUUGUCCCUUUAUGUCUAACAUUGGGACCCUCCCGAAAAAGGGCAUUGGAACACUUGCUGGCUGCCUGUUCUUCACAUCCCCAUUACUUCCUGCCCAGGGUAACAGCAAAGCUGAGUUACUGGAAAUUUGGGGCCAGUUUGGUAAUUUUAUGAUCAAGUUGAGAAAUAAAAUUACUAAACCUGAAAAGACAGCUGAGCAAGUUGUAUGAGAGAAUGAGUUUAAUUCCUUAGGCUGUGUUCUUAAGCUUUACCAAAGAUUCUGGCUUUUUUGUGGGCGCUUGUGUUUUGUGUACAGGUGUUCCUUAUUUUCUAGUGUCAGAAAGCCUUUUGAAUUUAAAAUUGUUCAAAAUUUAUAGUGAUAUGGCCUGGAGAUUGAGAGCCCAGAUAUGUUUUGUUCUUGAAUCAGCAUUAGGAUAAAUACUUGUGUGUUUUUUUUCCUACCUAUAUCAAAUCUGGAUAACUUCAAAAACAGUUCACUUAUACCAGAAGUAUUUUCAUUCUUAAUCAGUGGAUAAGUGUCGUUCAUAUAUGAAUCCACUGAACACUGACUAUAUGUAUUAAUUGAAAAGAGGUUUUUUUUCUUCUUAAUUUUGAAAGCAAACAGGUGAUUUAAAAGGGCCAACUUACAACUUUAGUAUUUACUCUCUACAAAGACAGGGAGGGCAGUAUUUAUAUGUCUGUAAAGAACCACCUCAUGCCUUUAAAAGGCAUUGACUGCCAUGUUUAUGUUUAAUCUGAAGUUAAGUUGGGUACAAUUAAAAACACUCACUUUGGCCUUGUGGGAAAAGAGGUGUAGGGGUGUAGAGUAGUGGUAUGGUAUGGUAUAAUGCUUAAAGUUAUUUGUAUAUCUGUUUAUAUACAAAUAUAUAUAUAUGUGUGUGUACCUGUACGCAUUCACUAUUUUCUUUGUAGAGAGUUAAAGAAUACAGGUAAAGAUAGAACAAUUUGCUUUUUUAGUUCUCGCUCCCUCUCUUUGGUACAGCAAUAUUCUAAAAUCUUUUCAAAAUGUUAAGGUAGUACUGGUUAAGUCAUAAUAAGAACUCAUUGAUAGUAAUGCUUAAUCUUGCUUAAUUAAAAUUCUUUUUUUAUCCAUUUUCCUUACAGUUCUCUUUCAGGACAAGAUAAAAAAUUUCAAUGCCAUUUCACAGACCACAGUAUCUGUAAUACUGAUAAUACUGAAACUAAAACUAAUACACGGUGCUCUGAGUUCACAUUAAUAUCCUUUAACUGACUUAAUUGAUUUGGAAUGAAGCAGGCAGAGUUUUUUUAUUUUUUAUUUUUUCCUGAGGCAGCGUUUUUAAUCAUGACAUUCAAAUAUGCUAAUGUGAUUACAUUUUAUAGUACUACUGUGGUUUCUAAUCCUAUUUAGAACUAACUGGGCACUUACAUACAAUUUCAAGAAAAUGAGCUUGUAUCCUUUAGAUUAGAAUCUUCCCAAACUCUGCCUUUGAACAGUCAUCUGGUUUUGAAUAGUUUAGGUUGGGAUGUUGAAUAUCAACUUUGAGUAUUUUAAUCUUUUUCUGUCACUUAACUUUUAAACAUCUUUCCACAACUAUUUUAGGAAAGUUGGGGGUUGACUCCUGGGUGUGACGUUGGUGAUUUCCUUGAAAUGUUACUGAAGGAUUUUAAGUUACAGGUUUUGAUUACUACUAUAGAUUACUAUAUAGAGUUAUCUCCACUAGUCAGAUUAAGAAAAAAUAGUAUGUGUAAAAUAUGGAAGGGAAACUUCUAUAAGAACUGUAAGUUUCCUUAACCAGAUCUUGGAGAUAAUUUUACAGUUUAAAGGUUCAAGUGAAUUCGUCAAUGACUAGCAGUUUGUUUAGUUUUUGAGGACCAUGAAUACCUUACUGCUCCAUACUAUGGUAAUGAGUAGUCCACCUCAAGAAAUGUAAGAUACCUCUUAUGAAGGACAGCUGUGCUGUCUCAGAAGGUUUUGGAAAUCUUGUCUCCAGAUUGCUGGAAUUGACUGGCUCAACUGACUCAUUCGCUCUCAGUGGAGACAAAGAGAAGUAAUGCUUUGUGCUGACUCAUAUUUGAAUCAAAGCAUCGCGGAAAGAACCAGUGAUACUCUGCCAUUGAGCUUCCUAAGACUUCUGAAGAUAAGAAGUUAGAGGAAUAUACAUUUUCUUUUGAACUUUUAUAACAAAUAUUUGCUCUAGUUUUGAAGCCCAGGACUGCUGGGGGUGUGAGUGACAAGUAUUACAAGUGGCCUUAUUCCAAGUCCAGAAAUUCCUCAGCCAGAUUCUUAUUUUAUACACAGUCCUGAAGUGACAGGAAACAUGCCAACUCAGUCUCUCUUAGUGUAUAUGGAUGGACCGGAAGUUAUUGGCAAUUCUCUUGGCAGCCAGAUGGAGCUAGAUGAUGCCAUGUCAGUAAAAGGGACCACCACUGUUCCUUUCAGAGCCACGCAAGAGAAGAGCAUCAUCCAAAUCGAAGGCUACACGCCCUUGGACUGCAUGUUCUGCAGUCAGACCUUCACCCACUCUGAAGACCUCAAUAAGCACGUGCUGCUGCAGCACCGGCCCAUCCUCUGUGAGCCCGCAGUUCUGCGUGUGGAAGCAGAGUAUCUCAGCCCUCUGGAUAAAGGCCAAGUGCGAACAGAACCCCCCAAGGACAAGAGUGGCAAAGAGAAUGAAGACCUGAGCUGUGAAGUGUGUGGGCAGACGUUCAGAGUUGCGUUUGACGUGGAGAUCCACAUGAAGAAACACAAGGACUCUUUCACCUAUGGGUGUCACGUGUGUGGACGGAGGUUCAAGGAGCCCUGGUUUCUGAAGAACCACAUGCGAACACACAACGGCAAGUCGGGGGCCAAGAGCAAGCUGCAGCAGGGCUUGGAAAGCCCAGUCACCAUCAACGAGGUUGUCCAGGAGCAGGCUGCGGAGAGCAUCUCCUCUCCUUUCAAGAUGUGCAUGGUUUGUGGCUUCCUAUUUCCAAAUAUAGAAAGUCUAAUUGAUCACAGGAAGAUGCACACCAAAGACACGGCUUCCGGUGACAGCAGUCCCCAGGCAGACUCUCAGCAGACGGGGAUGCCAGCCCCUAGAGACGAGUUCCUGCAGUUCUUAAACCUCAGACCCAAAGCUCACCCUGAAACCGUGAAGCAGCCCACCAGAUGGAUACCUCAGCUCGACCCAUUCACCACCUACCAGGCCUGGCAGCUGGCCACCAAGGGCAAAGUCGCCGUCUGCCGGGAGGUGAAGGAGCAGCCCGGGCAGGAAGGGAGCACCGACAACGAUGAUUCGGACAAAGAAGAGCUUGGAGAAAUCUGGAAUGGGAGUAAAAGCCAUCCUGAAGGUUCUGGAAAGUCCAGAUCCAAUAAGAGCGGUUGUACAGGCCUAGCACAAGAUAAGGAGAAGCCUAGACAUGCCAACGGUGAAGUGCCUUCUGGGGACGCGGACCCCAAGUUGUCCAGUAAGAGUGAGAAGCCCACGCAUUGCUCUGAGUGUGGCAAGGUGUUCAGAACCUACCACCAGCUGGUCCUGCACUCGAGAGUCCACAAGAAGGACCGGAGGACAGAUGCUGAGUCGCCCACCAUGUCUGUGGACGGCCGGCAGCUGAGGACGUGUUCUCCAGACCUAGCCGGCACCCUGGAUGAAAACGGAGCCACAGAUCGAGAAGGAGGCUCUGAAGAUGGAUCCGAGGACGGACUUCCCGAAGGCCUCCAUCUGGAUAAAAAUGAUGAUGGAGGCAAAAUAAAGCAUCUGACAUCCUCAAGAGAAUGUAGUUACUGUGGAAAGUUUUUCCGUUCAAAUUAUUACCUCAAUAUUCAUCUCAGAACGCAUACAGGUGAAAAACCAUACAAAUGUGAAUUUUGUGACUAUGCUGCAGCCCAGAAGACCUCUCUACGGUAUCACUUGGAGAGACACCACAAAGAUAAGCAGGUCGAUGUGGCCGCUGAGGUCAAGAGCGAAGGGAAAAACCAGGAAACGGAAGAUGUACUACUCAUCGCCGACAGUGCGCAAACCAAAAAUUUGAAAAGAUUUUUCGAUGGUGCCAAAGAUGUGAAAGGCAGCCCACCUGCCAAGCAACCUAAGGGGAUGGCCCCUGCCUUUCAGAAUGUUCUGGGCAGCGCUGUCCUCUUGCCAGUACACAAAGAUACUCAGGAUUUCAAUAAAAAUGCAACUGAAGGUAGUGCUGAUCAGCUCGGCAGACACCCAGCCCCUGCUUAUUUGGACGUGUUAAAGAAGAGACCAGCGCCCGAAGCUCAGGCUAUCAACCUCGCUCACAGAGCAGAAGUGGCUGCUCCGCCUCAUCCUCACCCAGACGCCACUGCCGCCCACAAGGCCGAGGUUGGCCUCAAAGAGAAGGCAGAGGUGGCAGCAGACAGCAGAGUGAAGCCCAGCAUGGACUGUCAAGAGAAACCUUUAAAUUUAUCCCUCGGGGCACUUCACAGUUGCCCAGCAAUUUCUUUGAGCAAGAGUUUAAUCCCAAGUAUCACCUGCCCAUUUUGUACUUUCAAGACCUUUUAUCCAGAAGUUUUAAUGAUGCAUCAGAGACUGGAGCAUAAAUACAAUCCCGACGGUCACAAAAACUGUAGAAACAAGUCUUGGCUUAGAAACAGACGCACUGGCUGUCCACCAGCUCUACUGGGAAAAGACGUGCCUCCCUUGUCCAGUUUCCCCAAGCCCAAGCCCAAGCCCAAGCCCGCAUUCCCAGCCCAGUCCAAGACCCUGCCGUCCGAGAAGGGGAAGCCGGGUCCCGCAGGGCCAGGCAAGGCCCCUCUGGCCUCAGGGACUGACUCUAGCACUUUAGCCCCCAGUAACCUGAAGUCGCACAGGCCACAGCCCAGCAUCGGGGUGCAGGGGGCUUCAGCCGCCAGGCAGCAGCCCUCGGAGAUGUUUUCUAAAAGCGGAGUUUCUCCUGCCCCGGAGAAGACCAAAAGGCCAGAGACGAAGUUCAAAGCCCCGGUGGUCUCCGUGUCCCAGCCCUCGAGCAGCAGCACCAUCAAUGGCUCGGCUGACUUCUCGGCCAAGCACGACGGCCUGUGGGCGCCCGCGGGAAGAGACUACUUCUGUGGCCGCAGCGCAGGUGUUGCCAGCCCGGAGCUCGGAGAGCCGCUUCCCAAGCGGCCGAAAGCCGGGCCUGUGGUCCUGGAUGCGGAGCAGCCUGGGCCCCACUACCGAAGGGUCCUUGACCUGCCCAAGUACACGGUGGGCCGCGGAGCCACAAGGCUGCUGCCCCCGGAGUACGCGUUCCCGCCGCCGAAGGUGCUGCCCGCCAAGCCGCGGUUCCUGGCAUCAGGCGAAAUCGACUCCGCCAAUGUGCUGACCUUACACACGCCCUACAGCGGGCCCGGGGCGCUCUACACAUGCACCCCUGCGGGCUCUGCGGCUGGCGCGGCGCUGGAAGGAAAAAGGCCUGUGUCUUAUCAACACUUAUCUAGCAGCAUGCUUCAAAAGAGAAACUAUGAGAAUUUUAUUGGGAAUGCACAUUAUCGGCCAAAUGACAAGAAAACUUGAUUUCCUAUUUUGGGGAAGAAAGGUCUUGAUGGAUGUGUGCUCCAUGCAGUUGAGUCAGUUCAUCCUUCGAGAAAGUGAGCGGUGAAAGCUACUGAAAUAAGCUGUGACUGUACUGUACAUACGCGCAAGGAACACUACGUGCUGCAAAGUGGUUCUGUUAACUUUUGUACCAAAUAGCAAUAAAAACUAUAGUUGGAACAGUUGAGUUGUAUACAAAUGGAGACGGGAAAUCUCUAUUUUGUCCCUGAAUAAUAUUUUUUUUUUAGAAUUGACCAAAUAAGCAGAGUUUUUGCAUACUUGAGCGCUGCUGAAAAGAAUCAUUUGCGCUGGGGGUGGGUGGGGAGAAAGUAUAUAAUGCUUGCACCUCAGGUAAAAUCUGUACAUAUAUAAGUUGUACCUGCUUGUUUCAGUACCCUGUGCAUCCUUUUCCUCAUGUAGCUCCUCACUCUGAGCAGAUCCUGCUAUUUGUGCUCUUUCAUUUAAGAUGUACGUUUUAAAAUUUUUGAUGAUUUGUAUUAUGUUAAAUUGUCCGCAGUCUGUUGUCUUAAAAUUUGUUAAUGGAAGUAUUGACCCUCUGUGAAUAUUGCUGCAUAUGUCGAGGUCAGCUACUCCGAUUUGGUGCCCUGUUAUCACAAAUGUCACGGUGUCGCCGAGGAGGAGCAGCUCCACGGUCCCCUCUGGGGAGUGGGUGUCUGCGGGCAGCGCUUCCUCUCCGAGCAGCCAGCUGCCCGCACACGCACCAAAGUGUAUGUGGAGCUACUCAAAUUAGUCUCCUCUCAAAUGAAUCAUUUUUGUUGGCAAAUUCAGUUUUUUUAGGUGUUUGCUUAAAUUAGUAGAUAAAAAAUGAAAACGCUAAAUUAUACAUGAUACAGAUAUUGGAAGCAAUUUUCAAGGAAAUUAAAGUUUGGGGGAAAUUUUUAGGUUUGUAUUGGAAGUAAGUGCGUCUGCAUUGGGGUCAACAGUGGGCAUAUUCAGACACGUUGGUUCUGAAUAAGAACUUCUGGCCUGAGCCUUCUGGUAACCGGGGAAGAAGUGGCCUGCUUCUAGACUUCAGUUGUCUUCCCAUUUUUGAUUUUAAAGUAACAGCGUUUUCUCAGUACACAUGCAAUUUGGGUUUUAAAGAGAAAAGAGCCACCAGUUGGCGACUGGAUGUUUUAAAUUCCCGCCCCUUAAUUUGCAGUUUGUAGCUGAGUUCUCCAGCAGCCCCUGGGUUUAACAUUUUACUCAGAAAACUGUUUGAAAAAUAAUUUUGCACUGUUAAUGUUUCUUGUCUUAAGGGUAAAGUCCUAAAAGAAUCUUGAUUUUUUUUUUGUUUUUUUUGUUUUCAUUAUGCAACAUGAACGAGAAGUCUUAACUCCCGUGUGACAGACAGGGAGACCGGCCUGAGAUCAGUCUGCUGGCCUUGCAGCGAAGUGCUUCGUAUCAGGAAAGCGUACACUAUUAACCCCUUUUCCUGUUCACAAGCUGAGCCAUAUGUACAUAAUCUAGAUUUUUGUUUCCAUAGUUUUGCACUUUUAUAGCCUAUUUUUGAAGAUUAACACAUUUGCGAAGAUGAUUGACUUGAUCAUUGCUAAUCUGAUGAGUGUUACAGAAAGCUUGCUCUGACUAUAAGUGUAAAUCUUAAAGGGGAUACAUCAUAGUAGAGGGCUGAAACUUAAAUCUUUAUUUAAAAAAAAUCACCAAAUCUAUGUGAAAACAAGUCAGUUCGUGUUAUGCUGAAAUUAUGGGGGUUUUCCUAUUUCUCCUUCCUAACCACAUUUCUAAAAGUAUAAAAAUACCAGUUUUUUUUUCCUUUUUCACAGCCCUUGUAUUCCAAAAUAUGUUGUUGUUAUUAUUUUUGUCCAUCAGUAUUAACUAUUGGGAUACUACUGGUUUUGUAUGUUUUUUUCCUUUGGGACAACAGUACAUAUAAUAGAGGUACAAUCUGUUGGAUUUUUGUUUAUGUAUUUAUUUCAUUCCAGUUUGAUUUAUUUUAAUUGUUGAUACAUAAGUUGUCAAACAGUAGAUGUUACUUGUUUUAUUUAUGAUAUAUUUCAGCUUAAAGUUAUGUUAUUAUAUGUGGAUGUAAAUAUAGAUUUGGUGUUUUGCA